ACAGCUUGCCUCCAGCUCUUUGAGGCACUCGAGGAAUGUCAUGCAAAUGCCUGGCUAAAAUGGACUGGGGGCUGUAAUCAGGCCAAGCUUGACCUCAACAAGUGCUUACACGGGGAUUCUGUUGCCCGAGCUGCCAGGAACCGAGAAGACUCCAAGGCCAGACAGGCUAAGCGCGAUCAAGCCUGGAAAGAGCUGCAUGCGAACGAUUAA